AUGCCUCCCAUUCUAGAGGGUCUCCAGGCCAACGUCCAAACCGCAUUCAGCUUCUUUGGCCAUGUACCAACAAUCGUGCUCGUUCCAGCGGCUGCCGUUUACCUCAUCUGGACUACCGUCUACAACCUGUACUUCCACCCGCUGAGCUCAUAUCCUGGACCGAAACUAUGGGCCAUUACCGAGAUCCCCUGCGCGCUCAUGAUGGUCCCGGGAGAAUCCCACAAGCAGACGUUGGAGCUUCACAAGAAAUACGGCCCGGUAGUCAGGCUCGGGCCAAACUGGCUCAACUACGGCCAGCCGGAAGCCUUUCCGCUGAUAGCCGGGCACCGCAAGCCGGGAGCCGGAGUGAAUGAAAAGCACGACAGGACAUGGGAGACCCUUCGAGACACCAUCAUCGGGUCCAAGCGCGAGAACCACACGCGGUACAGGAAGGCACUGGCCCACGGCUUCACAGCCCAGGCCAUGCGCGACCAGCAGCCACUCAUCAUGACGUACGCAGACCUGCUGGUUCAGCGCAUAGGCGAGCACAGCGAUGGAGGGAACAAGGCUCUCGAUAUGGCAGCUUGGUGUAAUUGGAUAACAUUCGAUAUCAUUGGCAAUCUCACCUUCGGCGAGCCCUUCGGCGGCCUGGAGAAUGUGGCCUACCACCCGUGGAUCUCAAUGCUCUUCCAGGCACUUGGGGCUACAUUCCCACGGACAAGGUAA